AUGGAUGAAAGUGUAUCAAAAUUAGAUGAAUUAGAAGCACUACAACCUCAGGUUGAUUCUGAAAUCACAACAUUAUAUACAGAAAAGAUUUUUUCAAAUUGGGAGCAAUGUGAAACUUUUUUAAAUGCAUGGGCUAAAAAACAAGGUUUUCAGAUAAUUAAAAACUAUGUGUAUCAUAUAGAAGAUGUGGUUCAUCAACAAACCUUUACAUGUGAUUAUAGUAGAAGUUAUGAUUCAAAAUCAAAGAAACAUAAUCACAUAUUAAAUAGUUUAAUAAUUGAAUUUGAAGAUUCAAAAUGA